GGCGGGAGCAGCUGCGGCCGCCCCUCAGCGAUGCCGUUCCAGCAGGGCUCUGCCCGGAGGCGGCAGCGCACCGUGCUCCUGGUGGGCAUCGUGCUCCUGCUGGCCGCCCUCGUCCUCGCCGUCGUACUGGCCUCUCUCCUGACCCACGGGAAACACGAGGACAGCCCCAAAAUGCUCAAGUGGAAGGACAGAGGGACCACAAAGAACCUGCAAGAAGUCGUCCUGGGAAGGUGCUACAACUACAUCACAGAGCGGUACCCGGAGCUGGGAGAUAAGGAUUGCCUAAAAAUAUGGGAAUCAUUAAAAGAUGCGUUCAUUUACAAGAAUCCCUGUAAUAUCACAGCAGAAGAUUAUCAGCCUCUAAUGGAUUUAGCAAGUCAUCAUAUACCCUGUAACAAGUCACUGUUUUGGAGCAAGACAAAUGACCUUGUUCAUCGUUAUACAAAAUCCAAUCAAAAUUUCCUUACCUUGGAGGACACCUUGUUGGGUUAUAUGGCUGAUAAGAUUUCAUGGUGUGGAGACCCCUCUACCCCAGGAAUCAACUAUGAAUCUUGUCCAAAACGAAGUGAAUGUGAGAGCAACCCCAGCUCCGUGUUCUGGAAAAUGGCAUCCAAGAUGUUUGCAGAAGCAGCAUGUGGUGUGGUUCAAGUGAUGCUCAACGGAUCAAUAGAAGCUGGAGCUUUCAGAAGCAGCAGCAUCUUUGGAAGUAUUGAGGUCUUUAAUCUAAAUCCAGAUAAAGUCUCUGAAGUGCACAUUUGGCUAAUGCAUGACAUUGGCGGACCUCAAAGUGAAUCCUGCUCAGGUCAUUCCAUUCAGAGGUUGAAAAACAUCUUGGAAGAGCGAAACUUUAAGAUCAUCUGUGAAGAUAAUUACAGGCCAGUUCAGCUCCUUCAGUGUGUGCAUAACCCUGACCACACAGACUGCAGACUUUGCACCAACAGCACAGCAGUUCCAUGAAAGGGUGGCCUCCACGAUACUGAAGAUUUUCAUCAUUUGUGUGUAAAGCUGGAAAAGAUGUGGCUACAUAGCUUAGAGUGAUAAAUAGUAGCGUGGUGUGUACCCAGUCCAUAACCAGAAAUCCUUGCUGUGAUACUAACAGGCAGUUAUAGCAGGAGAUGAUACUUAAGGUGUGAUACUGUACACACACGCAUUCAAAUGUACUAUUUCAGAAGGGCCAGGGCCAUGUUCAGCAACUUAGCUGAACAUACCUAGCUUUGCCCUAGUUCUCUCCCUCCUGUACAACUCUCCAGAGGCAGAGAACAGGAAUUCUCUAGGGCAUCCAUAGAGAAGACAGAGGCUUUCCAGCAGAGGCAGAAUUUGCCCAGAUCGCACUCAGCUUCCUCCCUGCUGGAAGGCUGGGUGGGAAAUGAUCAGGGCAUGCUAUGCAUGCCCUGGUGGAACAUUCCCCAAAGGGGAACAUUGCCCAAUGGCACAGGGUAUUAAUCAUGUUUCUCCCCAGGGACUGUGACACCUCUGAGCAGGUAAAGCAAGCAAUGGAAGAGGCAGAGUGGUUUUUACCUUUUAGUGGGUAUCACAGUAAGCAGCUGGUGGGGAGAUCGCUGGGCUGAGCUGAGCCAAGAAAAGACCAGAAACCACUCAAAGGGUUGCCAGCAUCUGUAAGAACUGCUGAGUGUGUAACUGGGAGAGAAAAUAGUGAGACUGACUCAGAGAGCCCCAUUAAAUCCUACUGGAAACACCAUUGCAGUUCAGAUUACAUUUUGUUCUUAAUAUAGCAGUAAGUGCAAGCCUUCCAACUUUCAUAAAAGGUCCCUCAGACCACAACUUGGGCAUCCACUGGAAUAGAAACAAACAUCAAACAGUUGCCACAAUAAGGAGUCUCUCUUGACCUCAGUUUCUGAGGUGAAAGGUGAUGCCUUGUGGUGUAUAAUUCACAAGCACAGACUCACUGUAGUACACUGAAACAGCAGGUUUCAUUGAUUUCCUUUGAUUUCUAUUUUACUGGUCUCAUAUACAUAGUCAAAUGCAGUGUUUAUAACAAAUAUCUGAGGCCUAUUUGUGGCCGCGGUUUGUAGUGCCUUUGUGCAGUGCCAGUGACACUCAGAGAACAGAGCAGGCUUUGCUACAGAGAUGCUGCUAGUGCUGAGGUGCCAAAGUCACCAGCAGCUACCAAUGUGUUAGGCAGACUGAGGUUUCCAUGAUCCCACAGGCAGAAGGUUAUAACACCAUAUGUUUUAGUGACUACCCAGAGUGCAAAGGAUGUUUAUGGAGCUACACAAGCUGGUGUAAUUUCUAACAUCUCUACAUAAACCUCUUCUCUGCUAGAGCAAUAGAGGGCCUGCACUGAGUAUGGCUGGACACACCCAAGACCUCACCCAUAAUAUUACAUUAAAUGAAAUGUAUUUUUAUUUGCACUCUGUUAUGUAACUACUUAGAGGGAUCAACGCAGACACAUACCAGUGCUUCCAAAUAGGUUACUUCUGACUAUCAGUCAAGAGUUUGUCUUCAUUCUCACUUUUGUACCUCUUCUCUUGUAAUAUAAAAUGUCAACAGUAAAAUCAAGAUCUAUAAUAAAAUUGUUGAUAGUAAAUGUUGUUAAUUCAGUUUCACAUACUACUUAAACUCUGGAAGUCAAGAAAGAAGGAAAUAAACCACUUUCUAAAAAUAA